AUGGAUUGGUCACGGGAAAUGUCGCUGACGCUCGUCAAAUUGUACAAGGCGAAGGAAUCACUAUGGAAUCCGCGUAACCAGGAGCAUUAUCAAAAGUUGAAGCGGAACGAAGCCUGGUCGUCAAUCGCGGCGGAACUGGCGAUACUGUACAAGCGACCGGUGUCGAUUAACGACUGUAAGAAAAAAAUGGACUGCAUCUUGUCCUCGUUUCGACGGGAGAAGCUCAAAGUGAAACGGUUUCGUAACGAAAAAGAUACCAUGAGUACGUCCCUACCUAAACAGAGCUCGAGACAGCCAGAGAGAGACCGUGUCGAAGUAACACCUGAAACCGUGGAAGUGCCUGUAGCUCCAGUGACUAUGCAAGACGAAUGUUACAGUUUCGGGAUGUUCGUGACCAAUAAGUUAAGAAAUUAUUCGACGCACAGUCGAUGCGCUGUUCAACACGCGAUAAGCGAUAUACUCUUUAACGCUGACAUGGGUUACUACGAUCGCGCCACGUCAUCCUCUGUGAAUACGCAAACCGAACCUAUACAAUCCAAUUUGAGCAACUCGGAUGAUCUAUUUAAAAACGAAGAAAUUAGUGAUCUGGAGAGCGAUUUCACGUUGAACUAA